GGGGAUCAAGCACACUCUGGCCGGGAGGGCAGAGGAGAGGAGAGCUGCAGCAGUGAACACAGAGGCUUUGAUGGGGGCUGGCCCAGGACAGGGGCCAGAGGGUUCAGGUUCCCUGGAGGUCAGGAGACGGGGGCCCGGGGCCAGGUGCCCCGACAGAUCCUACCCAUCUGGCAAGUCACGGGGAUGGGCAGAGACCUCAAAGUGAGAAGGGGGCUUGCGAGGCCCACUCCUAGCCUGCCCACCCCCAGGAUGCUAGAAUGCGGGUCUCCUGCCAUCAUGGAUGUCAGGUGUGAGCCCAGCAGUGGCCCCGGAACUGCCCCUCCCAGGGGGUCACAGAGGCCCAUUGUUUCCUGAGCUCACCCACCUGGCACCGGCCUUCCCCCUCACUUGCCCCUGCCCCUGCCAAGGUGCCAGGGCAGGUGGCCAGGGGAAGCCAGGUGAGCAGGUUUCCAGACCGGGGCCUGGCUCUCUGGCCCCCUUCUCCCCAGGCCCACAGGGGGCAUGUGUGAGGGGGUGGGGAGUUGAGCACAGUGCUGUGACGUCACUAAUCCUUGCAGCAACAGCCCGAGAGGGCAGCUGCUGUCUUCAUCCCAUUUCAGGGACAUGGAAACCAAGGCUCAGUGGAGUUUCCAGGUGGGGCGCUCACGUCUACCAGGGGCCGAGAGCCGGAGGGGUCCCCCUGGGUGCAGGGGAGCGGGGGCCUCGGGCUCCAUGUUGGGCGUGGGGUGGGGCAAGCAGGAAGGUGGCCUGUGGGGCCCUGGCCCUGGCCCAUGCUGGCCGAGCGCCGAGACACCCGGAUCCCGGAGCUGGGCCAGGCAGCGGCCUCUUGAGCAAACAAGGAGCUGGCAGCCCAGAGGGGAGGCCACAGGACGCACCCUGCCCGGGCGCAGCACCCACCUGCUGCCUGCCCAGGUGGCCCAAGUCUGCCCUGACCCCACUGCCCUGAGGACUUCACCGUGUCCUGACUCCUCGCCCGCACCCAGAGCCGGCGGAGUGAAUCCGAGUGGGCCCAGCCCUGGGCCUCUGGCCGCCAGGGAUCCUCAGCACGGAACUCUGCAGCUGUCUUCACUACAGGCCCCUCACCAGCCACCCAAGGGGCAGGAGGCAGGGACGUGCUCGCCGUCCACACAGAGAGCAGCUGGCCCGAGGCCCCGCCCCAAGGCUCAGCCCUGCCGCCCCGUCCCUCUGCCGGGCGUGCCACGCGCUGCCCCGCCCUCAGCACCCAGGGCCCACAGGCCACACGGGGGGACAACGGGCGCCUCCCUGACCUCUGCAGCCCAGGGGGUCCCCUUCUCCGGCGCCACACAUUCCUCCGCUCACUCACUCACACAGUCCCCGCCCCGGGGGCCCCCGCGCCUGCCCUUCAUUCCUACGCCCAGUCAUUCAUUCAGGACGCCGACGCCAACCCUGGCCCGACAAUGGUGCUGGGUGUUGGCAUCCGAGUUGGGGGAGGCAGGCUCACGGGGGCAGGGCCUAGUGACACUGCCCGGGAUGCUCCUCUGGCCACAUUGCCCAGACCUUGGAGUCCCCAGCGCUGGGCCCGGUUUCAUGCAGCCUGCCGGCUCUGACUGAGCUACUGGACAGAGCCCCUGCCUCUCAGGGCUCCCUGCGCGGGAUGGCCACCCUGGCCCAGGCGAGACCCCCACAGCGACGGCCAGGCCACCACCCCUAACCGAAGCCAAGUCCUGGCUCGGCCUCUGAAUCUCUGCAUGCAGGAUCAAGCCGCAGUUUCUCCACCGGAAAUUGGAUCUCUGGCUGGAUGGCCCUGAGGCCCAGCUCUGCCAUCCCAGGGAGGGCUGCUGGGAGGGAGGGAAACAGAACUCAGGCCACAGGAACUAGGAGAAAGUGGAACCUGGAGGAGGGCUUUUCCCAGAGGAAGGGCCUGAGACUCCUCCAAGUCGCUGUCCUCCGAGCCUCAGUGUUCUCAUCUGCAAAAUGGGAUGGGAACGCCUGCGUUGUAGGGUUGUUGCACGGGCUAAGUUAGAUACUACAUGUAUACUCUGACUAGCCCAGAGCUGAGUAUACAAUAGGUGCUCAGUAAGUCACAAGUUCCCGCCUGGAGAGACAGCCCUAAGACAGUCAGGUUUCGCUUCUGGAGGGAGACUGUCUGAGCCUGAAUCCUAACUCGGCUGCUGAGUGACUUGGGGCAAGUUAGCUAACCUUCCUCAGCCUCAGUGUUUUCAUCCAUAAAAUGGGAUCAUUGCAAGCCUCUGGCCUAGUGUCAAGACGCCCGCAUCCCUCAUUAGAGUGCCUCGGCUUGAUGCCCACUCUGGCUCCUGACCCUGGCGUCCUGCUAAUGCGGAUCCUGGGAGGCAGCCGUGACAGCUCGAGUAGUGGGGUUCCUUCUCCCACGUGGGGACCCUCACUGGGUUCCCAGUGCUUGGCUUUACCAUGGCUGGGAGCUGCUGAGGGCAUCUGGGGAAGACCCAGCAGGUGCAAGUACUCGCUCGUUUGCUCUAAAAAAAAACCACAAAGGUGGGGGGGGCCAACAGCGGCGCAGCCUGGCAAGGUUACCGCGAGGAUUAAAUGAGUCCUACUACAAAGUGCACGGCAAACAUUAACCACGGCUGUUUCCUGGCCUUGCCUUCCCUUCCUGCUCGGGCCCUUCCUCCGUGGGCUCUGGAGGGCCGAGCAGGGCGCACAGGUGGAGGCGCUGGGCAGGCGGACUUCAGUCCACCCCAGGAAGCAGUGGGAUCCGCAGAGCCGCCCAGGAGGAAACCCAGCAGCCGUGUCAGCUCCUCUUCUAGGCAUUUAUCCUCCAGAAGUGCUCACACAAAGGCACAAAGAGGAGACCAAGGGCCGCACCCCGCGGCAGGAUUUGCAAUAGCUACAGUCAGGAAGCCACCUGGUGUUAGAGGCGGGUGAUUGACUACGUGGAGGCACCUGUGGGCCGUGGAGUAUUACACAGCGAGGACUAAGAAGAGCUUCGUGGGACGCCAAAGGGGGCUUAGGGUGAACAGCGAAGCGGACAAAGCGAGGCGCAGCCCGCAAGCCUCCCUCGUCAACUUCAGCGCUGCGAGUGAAAGCGCCCGGGGCCGCCUCUGAGAAGCAGAACUUCCUUCCCCGGCACGUGUUUUCCUGCAUACUUUGGACCUGCAUAAUGCGCACUUAUUAUUCUUGUAAUUUAAAAAUGUCGACGACUUUUAAACACCGAGCGCUCGCUCUGAGUCAGCUGCGAAGCCGCCUCCUUGACCUUUUCCGUCACCAUAGCAGGUGUUAGUCACUCCUUGUUCCAGGGAGGAGAAGGUGGCCAGAGAGACUUCCCCACUAGCGGGACGGAGCUGGGCUGGCCCCCAGAGCCACAUCUUUCCCCGUUAGGCGUAAGUAACCAUCUCCGAGGGUCGGGGAAGAGCAAGGCAGGACGGAAGGGGCCCCGCGGUGGGGCACAGCUCAGCUGUCACGUCCUGGGAGCCAGGCCAGCCGGAGUUCACCGCACAGCGCGCAGCGACAGGGCCAUCUACCUCAUUUGUAAAUGCAAACGCAGGCGCAAUCCCAGCUCCAGCUUUGCCCUGAGCUGCCCCUGGCUGGCAGGUGCCAGGCCCCAGCACCGCCCUCGCCCUUGCGGCCUCAGGGUCACCAGCCAGGUGAGCGUGUGCUGGCCCAAGCCCUUCCCUGGAGCUCCGGUAACUUCCUGUGUUCAUCAACCUGUUUCUGGGAGAACUGGGGCUUGAAGGUUGCUCGUCACCCUCUCGGGGAGAGCCUGGGGAGAGCUGGGGCGCAUGCCUGUGUGGGUGCAGCGAGCAGCCCUGACUGUGGGGCCUCAGCUUCCUCCCUAAGUGCUGUUGACAAUUCCUCCCUGCGAGGCUCCUGGGGGAAUGCAGCGAGAUAAAGCACUCCCCAAGCUAGGCGCCACCUGGCACGUGCACGGGAGGGGCAGGCUCCUGCAUGUGCCCGCACGGGCGCACGUGCGUCUGCCGGUGUGGAGGGAGCUGGGGCAGGCCU